GCGCCCCCCGCAGCCCCGGGCGCCGCGCGUCCAGCCCGGCCUGCGGCUCCAGCCCUUGCGCCGCUGGCCUGACCCGCGAUCGUCCACCGGACGGUUCCGCCUGGCUGCCUGGCCUGCCCGCGUGCGUGCUUCGUUCUGGGCUGGCCUCCGGGCCAUCCGUCCCCGGGCCAUGCCGAGUCGCCGAGUAGCCAGACCGCCCGCUGCGUCGGAGUUGGGGCCCUUGGGGUCCACUGACCUCUCUUCGCUCUCGCUGGCUGUUUCCAGGACCACGGAUGAACUGGAGAUCAUCGACGAGUACAUCAAAGAGAAUGGCUUCGACCCGGAGAGGGCACAGCCAGGCCAGGGCGAGGGGCUGCCCCGCUUGGUAUCCCGUGGGGCGGCCUCCCUGAGCACAGUCACCCUGGGCCCCGCAGCGCCCCCGCCCCCGGCCACGCCGCCACCCUGGGCAUGCUCCCUGGGCCGGCUGGUUCCCCCGAACCCGGGCCCGGGCCCACGGCCGCACCUGGUCAUCACUGAGCAGCCCAAGCAGCGCGGCAUGCGCUUCCGCUACGAGUGCGAGGGCCGCUCGGCAGGCAGCAUCCUUGGGGAGAGCAGCACGGAGGCCAGCAAGACGCUGCCCUCCAUCGAGCUCCGGGAUUGUGGAGGGCUGCGGGAGGUGGAGGUGACUGCAUGCCUGGUGUGGAAGGACUGGCCUCACCGCGUCCACCCCCACAGCCUCGUGGGGAAAGACUGCACUGACGGUGUCUGCAGGGUGCGGCUCCGGCCCCACGUCAGCCCCCGGCACAGUUUUAACAACCUGGGCAUCCAGUGUGUGAGGAAGAAGGAGAUUGAGGCCGCCAUUGAGCGGAAGAUUCAACUGGGAAUUGACCCCUACAAUGCUGGGUCCCUGAAGAACCAUCAGGAAGUGGAUAUGAAUGUCGUGAGAAUCUGCUUCCAGGCCUCAUAUAGGGACCAGCAGGGACAGAUGCGCCGGCUGGAUCCUGUGCUGUCUGAGCCUGUCUAUGACAAGAAGUCCACAAACACAUCAGAGCUACGGAUUUGCCGAAUCAACAAGGAGAGCGGCCCAUGCACGGGUGGUGAAGAGCUCUACUUGCUAUGUGACAAGGUGCAGAAAGAGGACAUAUCAGUCGUGUUCAGCACAGCCUCCUGGGAAGGCCGAGCUGACUUCUCUCAGGCUGACGUGCAUCGCCAGAUUGCCAUUGUGUUCAAGACGCCACCCUAUGAGGACCUGGAGAUUGUUGAGCCUGUGACGGUCAAUGUCUUCCUGCAGCGACUCACUGACGGGGUCUGCAGCGAGCCACUGCCCUUCACGUACCUGCCUCGGGACCAUGACAGCUAUGGCGUGGAUAAGAAGCGGAAACGGGGGAUACCUGAUGUUCUCGGGGAGCUAAACAGCUCUGAUCCCCAUGGCAUAGAGAGCAAACGGCGAAAGAAAAAGCCAGUCUUCCUGGACCACUUCCUGCCCAGCCAUGGCUCAGGUCCGUACCUUCCGCCCUCAGCCCUGCUGCCAGACACAGACUUCUUCCCCAGUGUGUCACUGCCUGUCUUGGACCCCGCCAGUGGGUCUGACUUCCUGGACGACGGCUUUGCCUACGACCCCACGGCCCCCACGCUUUUCACCAUGUUGGACCUGCUGCCCCCGCCGCCGCCACUCGCCAGCGCUGUCGCAGGCAACGGGGGUGCAGCAGGAGCGGUUGGGGAGCCCCCGGGCCCGGAGCCGCUGACGCUGGACUCGUACCAGGCCCCAGGCCCCGGGGACGGAGGCACCGCUAGCCUCGUGGGCAGCAACAUGUUCCCCAACCAGUACCGCGAGUCGGCUUUUGGGGGCGGCCUCCUGUCCCCGGGACCUGAAGCCACGUAGCGCCGUGGCGCUUAGAGGAUAGGCUCUGGGUGGGGAAGGAGGUGGCGGGGCUGUGUGAACCCAGCCAAGACGUCCAGCACCACCAACACCACCAUCCCUUUGGGCUGCCCUCUGUUUAGUCUUCUGACCUCCUCAUGCUUCUCAAUCGGACACUUCAGCGUUGACGAGAAGCUCCGUAGCGCGAGGUUCCCUUAAGCCAUUAUUAUAAAUGAGGAAACUGAGUCCGGAGAGAAAAAGGGGGUUGGCUCCCAUGCACUCGCUUUUUAAAGCUGCCUCAGCUGGCACCUUCAAAAGAUUGUACAUAUGGCCGGAAGGGGUAGAUGCCGACUCUCUUCCUAAGACUUGAGGGGCGGGUAAGUUGUUCAAAUUCUUCUCAAUAAAUACAAGUU